GAAGCGCAGCCAAGUUGAGGAUAAAAUGUGGAUAAGUGAUGCUUUAGCAGCUUUGGUGCAAGAAUCCCGAAAGAAGAAAGAGCAACUUUCUCUUUCAAACUGAUGAAAAACGGAGUGAAGCGACCACAUCACAGCUUUGAUUUAUAUCAUAUGGCAGCCAGCGACAGUCAUCACCGCUCCACCUGAGCUCUGCAACUUUGAAGGCGGAUUUUUUUUUCUUCCUCUCUUCUUCUUCUUGCUGCAGAAGUUUUUCACAGCCAGAUCUCUGUCAGGAUCAGAAGAAAACGGGCUGUAUUCCAAUUCAUUAAAGCUCCUUUGCCAGCUGCUGGCACACAACUUUAACCAACCCGUCCCACUUGAAUUUGAGAGGAUCACCACCGUCGCUAUCACCCGCAUUUCCAAGGAUGAGGCAUGCAACACUAUGCUGGCUGAAGGGCGUGUCCCUGCUCCUGCUUCUCCAGACAGCCACUUCCAUGGUGAUGCUUCCUAACUCCACGGGCUGGCAGCAGAUUCUGGACAAGUAUUUGGAUGAAGAUGGGGACUGGUGGGAGGCCAAGCAGAGGGGGAAGAGGGCUAUCACCGACAGUGACGCACAGCUCAUCCUGGACCUUCACAACAAGCUCAGAGGCCAGGUCUACCCUCCUGCUUCCAACAUGGAGUAUAUGGUGUGGGACACAGAGUUGGAGCGUACAGCAGAGGAGUGGGCCGAGACCUGUUUGUGGGAGCAUGGUCCUGCUGGUUUACUGCCACAGAUUGGACAGAACCUGGGAGCGCACUGGGGAAGGUAUCGUCCACCCACGUUCCAUGUGCAGGCCUGGUAUGAUGAAGUGAAAGACUACUCCUUCCCUUACCCUCAGGAGUGUAAUCCCUAUUGCCCCUUCAGAUGCUCUGGCCCAGUUUGUACUCAUUACACACAGCUGGUCUGGGCCACCAGCAGUCGCAUUGGCUGUGCCAUCAACUUGUGUUACAACAUGAAUGUGUGGGGACAGAUUUGGGCCAAAGCUGUCUAUCUUGUCUGCAACUACUCACCCAAGGGAAACUGGUGGGGGCAUGCGCCUUACAAACACGGCACCCCAUGCUCUGCCUGCCCCCCCAGCUAUGGAGGUGGCUGCAGGGACAACGUCUGCUACAAAGAUGACAGUUCCUAUCCUCCACAAGAGGAAACAGAAGAAAACAACUUCAUCGAGCAGGAGGCCCCCCGUACUCCGCAGAAGCCCUGGUCCCGGCCUUCCAAAUCAGAGCCUCCCAGUCUCCCCGCCCCAGCUCCCACCAAGCCCCCCACAGAGGACCUGCAGAAGAAUGAAGUGGUCAACACACAGCAGAUGUCUCAGCUUGUGACCUGUGACACUAAACUUCGGGAUCAGUGUAAAGGAACGCCAUGCAAUAGAUAUGAGUGUCCUGCUGGGUGCCUAGAUGCGGCGGGAAAAGUAGUCGGGACGGUAUACUAUGAAAUGCAAUCCAGUGUGUGCAGAGCUGGUCUACAUGCCGGUGUUAUAGAUAAUGAUGGAGGGUGGAUGGAUGUAACGCGACAAGGCAGAAAGGAUUUUUUCAUCAAAUCCAACAAGAAUGGGGUCCAGUCUUUAGGAAAAUAUCAAAGUGCUAAUUCCUUCACAGUUUCCAGAGUCGCAGUCAAAGCCAUCACAUGUGAGACCACAGUUGCACAGCUGUGUCCAUACCAAAAGCCCGCAAAACACUGUCCAAGGGUAUACUGCCCGAGAAGCUGUUUAGAAGAGAAUCCACACAUAUCCAGAGUAAUUGGCACCGGAAUAUACUCUGAUAAGUCCAGUAUAUGCCGGGCAGCAGUCCACGCCGGAGUCGUCAGGAACGAUGUGGGUGGAUACAUUGAUGUGAUGCCAGUGGACAAACGAAAACACUACAUUGCUUCAUACCAAAAUGGCAUUGUCUCAGAGAGCCUUCAAAACCCUCCUGGAGGGAAGGCGUUCCGGGUGUUCGCUGUGAUUUGAGUGGCCCCAGAGGGCGGCUUCGCCAAACAGAAAAGUGCACUUGUGCUGUUGAAUAGGCGGUAAUCAAGCCCUGUUGUCAAACUCAAUGAGUGAAAUGUUUCUGGCUUUGCUACACACCAGGGGUUAGGGGUCGUCUCCAUGACAGUGUAAACCCAGCAACAAAAACUUGACACAUACACAAUGAGAACCUGUUUCUCCUCCCUUGCAUGGAGUUUUAAUUUCGUCAUCCUUGGCGGUGAAAUUUUUAUAAACUGUAAAUAUCUCCGAAUGGAUUGCUACAGUAAUAUUAUGUUGUACAUAUUUGUUAAUAAUAUCACACAUGUUUUGUCUUUGUGCCAUUGCCUUUUUAACAAAUAGCUCUGUAUGAAUACUGACUAUAGAAAUCCUAGAUAUAACAUUAUAAUGGCACUUAAGGAUGAAUAUCAUUUUUAUUGUCUGGCACAUUUUUACUGGUGCUCUGGAGAGGUGUCCUGUCAUGUUUUGUACUUUUUUAAUGAUUGGAGAACAGAUUGUUAUACAUAUAUUUUUAUAUGAUUAUGCUUUACAUCGAUAUGAUUUAUAAAGGAUGCUGCUAUAUGUUGUUUUUUUUUUUUGUAUUGUUAUUGUAAUUACCAGUGUGAUGGGGGUUUGUUUGUUUUUAGUUUUUUUGCAGAUUAUGUGGUUUAGUUAAAACUCCCUGCAGGUCGGGAAGUACGCUCAUCCUUCAGAGUUGUCAUUCUCUAAACAAAACCUAUGUGCCUGACUUCACCGUGCAUUGCGUUUUACCGGACGCCGCUACACCAAAGUUGUUUUCAGGUCAUAUCUAUUCAUCUCCCUUUGACAUUGAUAAACAGAAACAAUACUACACAACAGUUUUAUUUCAUGCGGUAUGUUGGGGAAUGGUGAUUGUAAAUCAACAAAUAUACCUGCUCAUAUUUUUACCAGCUCUCAGCUUUCUUUCAAGCUGCAAUCUUUAUAAUGGGCAAUUCAUUGUAUUGUUGUCUCUGUUUCUUUGUGCAUUAUAUAUAAAUAUAUUUUCCUACCUCAGGUUGUUAGGAAAAGUUCCUUUUGCAAUAAAAUACUACAAUCUC